AUGCUCUUAAGGAAGCGAUACCGGCAUGGACUGUGCAGAGUGCAGUUCCUGCUGCUGCUCCUGCUGCUGGGAUGUGUGCUUCUGAUGGUGGCCAUGCUGCACCCUCCCCCGCAGGCCCUGUACCAGGCAGGUGCAGCCCAGGCCUGCGAGCACAGCCCUGAGGCUGGGUACCACCUGAACUUUGGGGAAUCCCAAGAAUGGGUGCUGGAGGCUGAGGACGAGGGCCAAGAGUACAGCCCCCUGGAUGGGCUGCCUCCCUUGCUGUCACUGCGGGAGGAUCAGCUCCUGGUGGCUGUGGAUUUACUCAGGGCCAGAAGGAACCAGAGCCAGGGCAGGAGAGGCGGGAGCUACCAGCUUAUCAAGCAGCUGAGCAAGAGGCAGGACGAGGAAGCCCCAGAGAGGGACUGGGGGGCCGAGGAGGAGGACGGGGAGGUCUCUGAAGAAGAUGAGCUUACCCCACCUCUCAGCCUAGACCCCCACGGCCUCAACGAGGUGCUCAGUGCCCGCAUCCCCGUGCGGAGGGUCCUGCCCGAGGUGCGGCACCCACUGUGUCUGCAGCAGAAGCCUGGGGACAGCCUGCCCAUGGCCAGUGUCAUCCUCUGUUUCCACAACGAGGCCUGGUCCACCCUGCUGAGAACUGUGCACAGCAUCCUUGACACAGCGCCCAAGGCCUUCCUGAAGGAGAUCAUUCUCGUGGACAACCUCAGCCAACAAGGACAGCACAAGUCGGCUCUCGGCGACUACGUGGCCACCCUGGAGGGUGUGAGGUUGCUCAGGAGCAACAAGAGGCUUGGCGUCAUCGAGGGCCGGAUGCUGGGUGCUGCCAGGGCCACAGGGGAUGUGCUGGUCUUCAUGGAUUCCCACUGCGAGUGUCACCCAGGCUGGCUGGAGCCCCUCCUCAGCAGAAUAGCUGGUGACAGGAGUCGGGUGGUGUCUCCAGUCAUAGAUGUGAUUGACUGGAAGACAUUCCAGUAUUACCCAUCUGAGGACCUGAAACGUGGAGUAUUGGACUGGAAGCUGGAUGUCCACUGGGAGCCUUUGCCAGAGCAUGAAAGGAAAGCCCUCCAGUCUCCCAUCAGCCCCAUCAGGAGCCCUGUGGUGCCAGGUGGGGUCGUGGCGAUGGACAGACAUUACUUCCAAAAUACUGGAGCAUAUGACCCUCUCAUGUCAUUGCUGGGUGGCGGAAACCUCGAACUGUCUCUCAAGGCUUGGCUCUGUGGUGGCUCCAUUGAGAUCCUUCCCUGCUCUCGAGUAGGGCAGGUCUAUGGAAAUCAAGAUGCUCAUGCCUUCCUUGACCAGGAGGCCACCCUGCGGAGCAAGGUUCGCAUUGCUGAGACCUGGCUGGGGUCAUUCAAAGAUACCUUCUACAAGCACAGCCCAGAGGCCUUCUCCCUGAGCCAGGCUGAGAAGCCAGACUGCACAGAACGCUUACAGCUGCAAAGAAGACUGGGUUGUCGGAUGUUCCAUUGGUUUCUGGCCAGCAUCUACCCUGAGUUGUACCCAUCUGAACACAGACCCAGGUUCUCUGGAAAGCUCCACAACACGGGACUUGGCUUCUGUGCAGACUGCAAGGCAGAAGGGGACAUCCUGGGCUGCCCCAUGACACUGGUUCCUUGCAAUGACAGCCGGCAGCAACAGCACCUGCAACACACCAGCAGGAAGGAGAUACACUUUGGCAGCCUGUGCUUUGAUGUCAAGGGAGAGCAGGUGAUUCUUCAGAACUGCACCGAGGAAGGCCCUGUCAUCCAUCGGCAGCACUGGGACUUCCAAGAGAAUGGAAUGAUUGUCCACAUCCUUUCUGGGCAGUGCAUUGAAGCUGUGGUGCAGGAAAACAAUAAAGAUUUGUAUUUGCACCAGUGUGAUGGAAAAGCCAGCCAGCUAUGGCAAUAUGACCAAAUCAACGCUGUGGAUGAACAAUGA